CUCACAUGUUUCCAUGGUAACCGUGCGGAGCUCCUACAACUAAUUAAACAAAAUGACUGAGAAGAGUUUAGAGAAAAUGAUGAGCUUUUCCUGGGACAGAGACUCCGAGGACAUGGAAGAAGACUCAGCGACCAUGUUCGACGUGUUCAACAGUCACAUGAGAGAGAGGAUCGUGCUACAGCGGCUGAUAGUGAUUGCUCGGCUCCCCCACGACCUCGCUGACAGGACAGAACUUGGAGCUCAUUACGAGAGACUCAACUUUCAGCUUAGCAAACGGUAUUCAUGGGAUCUGAUGACGGGCCGGCUGUACAUUUACCCAUCCUGUCUGCUGCAUAUCAUCGAAUCAUCCAGAGAGGUUCUGCUCUCUGUUCUGACAGACCUUAAAGACAUGCAACACCAGACAGACGGUGCCUUGCUGGAAGCUCCCAGGGUUGUGUUCAUGGCCCAUCAUCCUCAGAGCAGGCUGUUCCAACAGUGGAGCUACAAGGUGCUCGAAGCAGACCAGGUGGCAGGAGACCCUGGAGCGAAGGCUCUUGAGGAUGAGGAGGAGGCCACAGAAACUUUAGUGUGCACCGUUCUGUCAGGGCUGCAGACACUGGACAAAUCUAAAAAGACCCCGGAGCUGAUCGCCUCUCAGAGGGUUCUCUACAAGCUGCUGGCUCGAGAGGAGCUCUUGACGCCUCAGCAACACCUUCAGAUGUACAACUCACCGCUAGACAUCCACAUGGACUUUGGACAAGUGAUCCGCAGCAGCCGCCUCACCACGGUUUAAUGUUGUGGACAAAAGGUCAAAGAAUGUUUGGCCUUCACUGAACUGCCUUGGAUGUGACUGAAGGCUUCCUGGAGGAGAGAAAUCACCGUGACAGUUUGAACAUUUAAUAUACUGCAGCCUUUUUGUGUUCUUCAAUAUGCUUCUUUCCAAAUGCUGUUAUAUAUAACACUUGUUUAUGUGAAAUAACAGUGACACCACAUUUGCAACAAAGGCACAGAAACUCCAGGUAAUAUAAAAACAUUUUUUAAUAGUUUCAACAUUCGAAUGAGGUUAAUUUUAAUUCUAUCUUACUGUACACUGUGUUCCACUUGGUGACCGGGAGAUAGCUCGUCCAAGAAAAAGGCAUUUCCUCAAAACUUUAAAGAGUCCACAGCGUCACUACAGUUUCACACAAAUAACUUUGAAGUCUCAAAAGAUUCCUUGAUCACUCAUGUGUUCCCUUUUUAUUUUGGCCCCCAUUAAUUGGAACGUAAGCAAAAACAAGGAAAGAAAAGAGGAUUGGAGAUGGAUUUUUGCAAUGGCUGCAUGCACCACAGUGUAAUCUACAAAUAGUUUGGGUUCAAACAAAUGCAGCAUGGGUUUUUUCUUGCUUGCUAUAUGAUUUUCUUGAACUUUUCUAGAGAUUGUUGUCCUUUGAAAGCGUAGUUUUCUGGGCACAAACAUAACGACAGCUUGAUUUCCUGACAGUGAUCUCUGUUCUGAGCCAGAUGUGCUUUUCUUAUUUGCUAUAGACACUGUAUAAACACAGAAGAUACAUGGGGGAAACAGUAAAUCAUGAUGGUUUCAAAACAAACUGGUGGAAAGUUGACUAAAAAAGGUCAAAGGGCAGCACUAAAUUCUUCUUCUUUUUUUAUAAAGGUUGAUCUAUUCACUUAUAAAAAAUAAAUACAAGCACAUUUAUAUAGGACCAAAGAUGAGACACAUUUCAUAGGCAUGGUUUAAAAAAGCAUGCUGCCGAGUUUCACACAUCGAAUCAAACGCCCCCCACGCCUCCCGACCCAAAACUGACACUUUUGAUCAAAUACCCCACCACUCUCUUUUACUUGAGAAUAUGUCCACAACACAAACAGUCUGCCUUCAUCACGACCUACAGUAUGAGGUGAACAUCGUCUAUCACCAAUACAUUCCACCUAUUCAUGUAAAAAAAGGCCUUUCGUAUUUUUUGUGCUCAAAGGGCAUGCUUGCAAAAGCUGUAAUACUGGAAACUGUCUCCCGGCUGUCUCUUGCUCGACACGGUUAUUGUUAAUAAAGUUGUGUUUGAUGAAUACUGUAUGUACAAGCCUUAAUCUGAAACCCUUUAGUACAAAACGAAGAGCAGCACAUUGUAACACAGAAAUCCAGACAUAGACAGGACACACCAUUCACUUCAGCACAGCCAAAUUGCAACAAUUACUUUCUAAAGAAAAUAAAAAUAAACUCCUACUUAUAAACACUGGCAUAGAUGCUGUAUUGAUUGAAGGGUCGGAUUGAAUCAUUGGUGUGAAUUGUAGCACAGCUGAAACAUUAGGUCGAUUUGUUUUGAUUGACAGAAAGUGUUAUUUUGAAGAGCAGAAAUGCCAGACGGAAAUAAAUAUGUGUUAUUCACAGC